AUGAAAAAGCUGGUGACGUUGAAACUGGAAUCAUCUAAGCUCUCUACUCUCGACAAAGACCCCGUACAAGCAUCAGCAUCUUCACCGAUGAAAUCAGGGCGAUCAAAGGUUGUUUCGAGUGGCACAUCGUCUAUGUCGCCAUCCCCUGCUGGAUCGAGAUCACAAAGCCCGCUUCCAAAGAGUAAACGGGCGAAGACUGGCCGAAAUGGCCGUUCUGGAACUCCUUCAAGAUCUCUGUCCGGGUAUAAUUCCAGAUCAGGUACCCCAUUUGGAGGCAGAACUACAGGAUAUCAAGGUAAUAACAUGAGAAUCGGAUCUCUUACAAUGAACGCGAAUACAUCGGUGAGUCUGGAUAAAUCUGGCAAGCCAUGCGGCAAAUGGGUCAAAGAUGGUUCUAUUUCGAAAAAAAUAAAGACCUUCACUGGUUAUGAAGUUCAUUUUCACAAUUGGCUGAGGUUCGGGGGUCCGGCACCUCUGCAUAAGCAAAAGGAGGCGGAGAAAUCCGGAGAAAAGGCUAAAAGUCCAUCCGUUAAGGCCUGA